AAACGAAGUUUUUUUGAUAGCAAUACAUGAAUAGAUACACCUUAUGAAUAAAAUUUGAUUCCUUUUUUUUUAUAAAUAUAAAGAUAAAGUAUGUAAAAUGUCCGAAGCUUCGGUAAAGUUGAUGCCUAGUAAAGAGGUGAAAGAACAUUGCAUCGGUUGGGUAGAGUUGCAAAACGAUUCUUCGUCUGCAGACGAUAAGAAAAAAGACACGGUCGACGAUGACGACAACGAUGAAAGUUUUUAUACUGAUUCUGAAUUUGAUUCCGUGUCAGAAUGCGGUACAAAGAGAAGAAGAGUCGGUUUACCGCUGAAACGUCAGGUUUAUCGUUUGUAUUGCGGAUGGACGGCCUGCGAGUACGAAACCAAUCAUGUCGAGAGAUACGCGAGACACGUAGGCAAGCACGUGGCCGAUGUAUGUGUGCGACCCAAUGAGGAUGAUGUCGAAACUUACGUAUGUCAAUGGAAUGGUUGUACGUAUGAAAGUAGUAAUCCGGAUGAGGUUUCUAGACACGUCAAUUAUCAUUCGUUCCAUACGAAAUUGAAAUGUAUCGGAUCAAAUAUUCGCGCGCGGAUCAAAUUACCCAAAUGCCGACGUAAUCCUGAAUGGAAAAAUGUCUUUGACCUACCAGCACCCCUCUUUUGUAGGUGGGAGGAAUGUUUAAAUGAUUUUCGAAAUUAUCAGCUCUACAUAUAUCAUGUGGGUGCUCACUUAGAGGAGAACCCAAGGGGCAGAAAAAUUGAAGGUGGCAUAGAAUGUAAAUGGACAGACUGUGGGAAAUUAUUUCCAAGUCUAUAUAAGUUAAGGGAUCAUGUGAGAUGUCAUACGAAGGAAAAGAUUGUUGCCUGCCCCGAUUGUGGUGCUACUUUCUGUUCCAAUACAAAAUUUCAUAUACAUUGCAAAAGGCAAAUGCCAAUCGACGUUCAAGGAUUCCGAUGUUCCCAUUGCAAUAAAUAUUAUCCUACCGAAGGAAUUCUGAAAGAACAUAUGCGGUUACAUAUUUUUAAUUACAAAUGCACUCUAUGCGAUAUGAGUUGCUCUACACCGACCGGUUUGGCUAAACAUGUCAGGUACAGACAUGUUUCUACCAGAACUUUUCCCUGUCAAUUUUGCAGUCAUGCUGCCAAAACCCAGCAGGAUUUAGAUUCGCACAUGAGUGUACACACAGACGGACCGAAUUUUUCAUGUACUGUCGAUGGUUGUCAGUAUAAAUGCAAACACGCUUAUACUUUGGACAGGCAUAUCGAACGAGUUCACGUUAUGCAAAUACGAUGGUACUGCUGCCACGAAUGCCCGAUGAAAUAUAGGAAAAGCUAUAUACUGACGAAACAUUUGAUUAAAGCACAUCAAUUGCAAUUACCUAGUGGUCAUAAGAGAUUUCAAUAUACCCAGGCUGAUAACAAUUGUUAUAGAUUGCAAACGGUUAGAUACGAAGCUGUUGACGAAUCGAACAUUCCUUCUAUUAAUCACUCGAAACAACAGGAAAAUAGAAAGUUUAAAAUUAAGCUAAAUAACAAUUCUAGCAUACCUCGAGUGGAGAUUGUCGAAGAUGUAAACUCAAGUGGAGAUGAGAGCAACGAGGCCCAGGAAAAACCAGAGGAGAAAAAUGAGGGAGAAUCUGUUCCUGUGAUUUCGAAUAUUUUGAUAACGAUUGAUGAAACUGAUGCCGAAGGAAAUAUAAUAAGAAGUAGGGUUGUAGAGGCCCAGGAAACUAAGGAAUUACCGCCUUCCGAAGAACCACCAAUAAUACUGACAUAAUUAUCUAAUAAUUUAUUGAUAAUACUUUCUAAUAAAACGUAGUAAAACGUAAA